GACAUGGCCCAUUUCAAGCGUGUGACAACUGCUGUGUCCGUUGAUGGCAAGCAGAAUGCUGUCAUCAUGGGACGCAAGACUUGGGAAUCCAUUCCAGAACGCUUUCGACCACUGCCUGGACGCUUGAACAUUGUUCUUACAUCGGCCAUGGAGGCGAACUAUCCAGAGGGUGUGCUGGUCGCCAAGUCAAUUGCCGCUGCAGUGGAGAUGCUGGAAGGUCGGAGCGAUGUCGGCGAGGUUUUCGUCAUCGGCGGGCAAGCUGCCUAUCAAGAGGCCAUCGGGAUGGAUUGCUGCAUCCGCCUGUACAUGACCAGAGUGGCCAAGGACUUUGAGUGUGACGCAUUCUUCCCAACGCUGGAUGAAAAGCACUUCCAGAUCGUCCAUGUGAGUGCAACUCGGAGUAGUGGAGACAUCCCCUACGAUUUCGUCAUCUAUGAAAGGUUGCCCGGCAAGGACCGCAGUGCCGCCGGCUACCCUGCAUCGGCUGCUAUGGUGCAGCAGCCUUCUUCAGCCCUUGCAGCAGCGGGUGGCGCCGGGAACUAUGCUCACGAGGAGUACCAAUACCUCAAGGCCAUUCAGCAAAUUAUCCAAGAAGGAGUUCACAUGGAGGACCGCACCGGAGUCGGAACCCGCUCCAUGUUUGGUCAGCAGAUGCGGUUCAACCUGAGAAGCUCUUUCCCACUGUUGACGACGAAGCGGGUGUUUUGGCGAGGGGUUGUCGAAGAGCUGCUUUGGUUCAUCAAAGGUGACACGAAUGCCAAUCACCUGACGGAGAAAGGUGUAAGGAUUUGGGAGGCAAACGGUUCGCGAGAGUUUUUGGACAAGCGCGGCCUGAGCCACCGUGAGGAGGGAGAUCUUGGCCCAGUCUAUGGCUUCCAGUGGCGCCAUUUUGGUGCAAAGUAUGUUGAUAUGCAUUCGGAUUACACUGGGCAGGGGGUGGAUCAACUGGCAGAGUGCAUCCGGAAGAUCAAAGAAGAUCCGGCAGAUCGUCGCAUCCUGCUUUCUGCCUGGAACCCCGCCGAUCUUCAUUUGAUGGCACUGCCUCCGUGCCACAUGUUUUGCCAGUUUUAUGUUGCAAACGGUGAGUUGUCAUGCUUAAUGUACCAGCGCUCCUGUGACAUGGGCCUGGGGGUGCCCUUCAACAUCGCCUCUUAUUCCUUGCUGACCUGCAUGGUUGCUCAGGUCUGUGGCCUGAAGCCUGGCGAGUUUGUUCACACCCUCGGCAACACUCACGUGUACCAGAACCACGUAGAGCCUCUCAAGACGCAGCUUGAACGCACUCCUCGGCCUUUCCCUGUCCUGAAGAUCAAUCCCGAGGUCAAAGACAUCGAUGGCUUUUCGUCCUCCGACUUCCAACUUGUUGGCUACAACCCACAUGGCAAAAUUGCCAUGGAGAUGGCCGUGUGA